AUGUGUUUCACACAAUCGCGCAGCCCUGAAGUUUUUCUCUCCUCUUUCCUCUUUUCGCCCCCGUUCACGUUCGCCCCCGUUUAUUAUCGCCCCCAUUCAAGUUCGCCCCCAUUCGCGUUCGCCCCCGUUCGCGUUCGCCCCCGUUCGCGUUCGCCCCCGUUCGCGUUCGCCCCCGUUCGCGUUCGCCCCCGUUCGCGUUCGCCCCCGUUCGCGUUCGCCCCCGUUCGCGUUCGCCCCCGUUCGCGUUCGCCCCCGUUCGCGUUCGCCCCCGUUCGCGUUCGCCCCCGUUCGCGUUCGCCCCCGUUCGCGUUCGCCCCCGUUCGCGUUCGCCCCCGUUCGCGUUCGCCCCCGUUCGCGUUCGCCCCCGUUCGCGUUCGCCCCCGUUCGCGUUCGCCCCCGUUCGCGUUCGCCCCCGUUCGCGUUCGCCCCCGUUCGCGUUCGCCCCCGUUCGCGUUCGCCCCCGUUCGCGUUCGCCCCCGUUCGCGUUCGGCCCCGUUCGCGUUCGGCCCCGUUCGCGUUCGCCCCCGUUCGCGUUCGCCCCCGUUCGCGUUCGCCCCCGUUCGCGUUCGCCCCCGUUCGCGUUCGCCCCCGUUCGCGUUCGCCCCCGUUCGCGUUCGCCCCCGUUCGCGUUCGCCCCCGUUCGCGUUCGCCCCCGUUCGCGUUCGCCCCCGUUCGCGUUCGCCCCCGUUCGCGUUCGCCCCCGUUCGCGUUCGCCCCCGUUCGCGUUCGCCCCCGUUCGCGUUCGCCCCCGUUCGCGUUCGCCCCCGUUCGCGUUCGCCCCCGUUCGCGUUCGCCCCCGUUCGCGUUCGCCCCCGUUCGCGUUCGCCCCCGUUCGCGUUCGCCCCCGUUCGCGUUCGCCCCCGUUCGCGUUCGCCCCCGUUCGCGUUCGCCCCCGUUCGCGUUCGCCCCGAUUCGCGUUCGCCCCGAUUCGCGUUCGCCCCGAUUCGCGUUCGCCCCGAUUCGCGUUCGCCCCGAUUCGCGUUCGCCCGCCUUCGCGUUCGCCCGCCUUCGCGUUCGCCCGCCUUCGCGUUCGCCCGCCUUCGCGUUCGCCCGCCUUCGCGUUCGCCCGCCUUCGCGUUCGCCCGCCUUCGCGUUCGCCCGCCUUCGCGUUCGCCCGCCUUCGCGUUCGCCCGCCUUCGCGUUCGCCCGCCUUCGCGUUCGCCCGCCUUCGCGUUCGCCCGCCUUCGCGUUCGCCCGCCUUCGCGUUCGCCCGCCUUCGCGUUCGCCCGCCUUCGCGUUCGCCCGCCUUCGCGUUCGCCCGCCUUCGCGUUCGCCCGCCUUCGCGUUCGCCCGCCUUCGCGUUCGCCCGCCUUCGCGUUCGCCCGCCUUCGCGUUCGCCCCCCUUCGCGUUCGCCCCCCUUCGCGAUCGCCCCCCUUCACGAUCGCCCCCCUUCACGAUCGCCCCCCUUCACGAUCGCCCCCAUUCACGUUCGCCCCCAUUCACGUUCGCCCCCAUUCACGUUCGCCCCCAUUCACGUUCGCCCCCAUUCACGUUCGCCCCCAUUCACGUUCGCCCCCAUUCACGUUCGCCCCCAUUCACGUUCGCCGUUCGCCCCCUUCACGUUCGCCCCCCUUCACGUUCGCCCCCCUUCACGUUCGCCCCCCUUCACGUUCGCCCCCCUUCAGGUUCGCCCCCCUUCACGUCCGCCCCCCUUCACGUUCGCCCCCCUUCACGUUCGCCCCCCUUCACGUUCCGCCCCCUUCACGUUCGCCCCCCUUCACGUUCGCCCCCCUUCACGUUCGCCCCCCUUCACGUUCGCCCCCCUUCACGUUCUCCCCCCUUCACGUUCGCCCCCCUUCACGUUCGCCUUAGUUCACCUACCACCAUCCCUUCACCUGAGUUCACCUGCCACCAUCCCUUCACCUUAG